UCUCCGCCAAUUAUGGAAGGCAGCGGCCCUGCGAUGAUCUCAUUAACCCCCACCCCUCCCGCUCCGUCACACUCAUCCAACAUCAUAGUGCGGUGGAUCACAACCAAAGAAGCCAUGGAGGCCUCACAGGACCUCAACGAACAGAUGGUGAAGAAAUCACACAGUGCAUCUCAUGUUCCAGACCCUUCAGACACCAGGUCUAUGGAAAUGCAGGACCUAGCCAGUCCUCAUAAUCGUGUGGGUGGUGGGGAUUCGACAGGCUCCAAGCUGGACAAGAACAACCUUGGCAGCCCCUCCAUCACCACCAAUGGAACAGGAGGUGAAAAUAUGACCAUUCUAAACACGGCUGAUUGGCUGUUGGGCUGCAGCAGCCCGCCCCCUGCCCCGGGCUCCAAGGACUAUGUGAAAACAGAGCCCAUGAACAACAGCGACACAGUCACUACGACAGGCGACACAGCACUGGACACGUACGCAGGCUCAGUAAUCACCAGCAGCGGGUACAGCCCUCGUUCAGCCCACCAGUACUCUCCUCCACUCUACCCAUCAAAGCCCUACCCUCACAUCCUCUCCACGCCUGCAGCCCCUCCCAUGCCGACGUACGCUGGUCAACCCCAGUUCAGCAGCAUGCAGCAGUCAUCCGUCUACACCGCCUACUCCCAGACAGGGCAGGCCUAUGGACUGUCCAGCUAUGACCUCGGUGUGAUGCUGCCGGGCAUCAAGACAGAGAGCGGCCUGGCCCAGAGUCAGUCUCCCCUGCAGACGGGCCUCAGCUACAGCCCCGGCUUCACCACACCACAGCCUGGACAGACGGCAUACUCACCUUAUCAGAUGCCAGGUUCCAGUUUCACUCCUUCCUCAGGCCUCUACACCACCAACAACUCAGUGUCGAACCCCGCCAACUACACUGCCACACAGCAGGACUAUCCCUCAUAUACGACGUUUGGCCAAAACCAGUACGCCCAGUAUUAUUCAUCCUCCACCUACGGGACAUACAUGACCUCCAACAGCGUGGAUGGCACAGGCUCCACAGCAGCCUACCAGCUGCAAGACCCCAGCCCCGCCAUGACCGGACAGGCUGCUGAACUUCACCCAGGGGACUUUGACACAGUGCAGAGCCCCUCAACGCCCAUCAAAGAGCUGGAUGACCGAGCCUGCCGGAGUGGGGGGUCCAAGACCCGGGGCAGGGGCCGCAAGAACAACCCCUCCCCUCCCCCUGAUAGUGACCUGGAGAGGGUGUUUGUGUGGGAUCUGGACGAGACGAUCAUCGUCUUCCACUCUCUGCUCACGGGCUCCUACGCACAGAAGUAUGGCAAGGACCCUCCCAUGGCCGUAACGCUGGGCCUGAGGAUGGAAGAGAUGAUCUUCAACUUGGCCGACACACACUUAUUCUUUAAUGACCUGGAGGAAUGUGAUCAGGUACAUAUCGAUGAUGUCUCAUCAGAUGACAAUGGCCAGGACUUAAGUACUUACAGUUUUGCAACUGAUGGCUUCCAUGCAGCUGCAACCAGCGCUAACCUGUGCCUGGCUACGGGUGUCCGCGGCGGGGUCGACUGGAUGAGGAAACUGGCCUUCCGCUACCGACGAGUCAAAGAGUUGUAUAGCACAUACAAAAACAAUGUGGGGGGCCUGCUGGGUCCUGCUAAGAGAGACGCCUGGCUGCAGCUCAGAGCAGAGGUCGAGGCUCUGACCGACUCCUGGCUCACACACGCGCUCAAGUCCUUGUCCAUCAUCAGCUCCAGGAGUAACUGUGUAAAUGUGUUGGUGACCACGACGCAGCUCAUACCAGCGCUGGCUAAAGUUCUCUUAUAUAGUCUGGGAUCUGUUUUCCCCAUUGAGAAUAUUUACAGUGCGACAAAAAUAGGCAAAGAGAGCUGUUUUGAGCGUAUAGUCUCCCGCUUUGGCACUAACAUUACAUAUGUUGUGAUUGGCGAUGGGAAGGAUGAAGAGCAUGCGGCCAGCCAGGAAAAGAGAGUUGCUUUGAACGCAUUAUGCAAAGGUUUGGCAGGAAAGUAGUGUAUGUUGUAAUUGGGGACGGUGUGGAAGAGGAGCAGGCGGCCAAAAAGGUAAUGGACCCGCAACCUCACCGUGACCCCGCCUACUCCACCCAGUGUGAGCUCUGAUUGGACGAAGCCUGCCUUUCUUUGCUCUAGCAGUUUUGAGUUGGUCAUUCUGUUGCUUUUUUCCUUUUUUUUUUUUAAGGAGUGACAGGAAGCUUUUGAUUGCAAGUGUUAAGUGAAAAUUUGAGAUUGAAGCUCGUCUAAAGUUGUACAUUUUGCCCCAUAAUAUCAACGUCUCACCAGCAGCGGACGAUCGAAAUCAAAAAAUUAAUUUGCAUCAUAUAUUUCUCAAACUCGAUGUCACUUUUGACGCCCAAAAUGAAUGGCUGCCCAAAUGUACACAGUGAUUAAGCUUUGAGCAAUCUCACUUGUUUAGAGCAAUAAUGCUGGUUGUCAUCCAGAUGUGUGUGGAGUCUUAUCUUUCCUGGAUACUGUAGUUUAUGUGGGAGAAAAGUAGUUAUAUCAUAAGAAAACAGAUUAAGAGUAGCGAUAUACUGGGACAAUUUUCCUGAAGUGAAUAUAAAUCCUAUUUCUUCUCCAGCUUUGGGUUUCAUUCGUAAUGUUGGGUGCUGGGAUUGCUAAAGGAAUAGUUCCAACAUUUUGGGAAAUACGCUAAUUCACUUUCUUGCAGAGUUCGACGACUUCCGGUGGCACUGAAGAGAAUAAGCACAUUUCCCCUAAAAAUGCAGAGCUAUUCCUUUAACGCCUUAGGAUUGCAUGGAUUUUGUCUGCAGUGCUUUUGCAAAGCAAGCAGCUACAAGCUACUGUAGUGUAGCUUGCAUGACAUCAGGUGGUGGUGGUGUGCAUCAAAUAUCGUAAGGACAGCACUGCUGCUGCUUUUUAACGUUGUGUGUUCCCACUCCGCAGCACAACAUGCCUUUCUGGAGGAUAUCCAGUCACUCUGACCUGCUGGCAUUACACCAAGCACUGGAGUUCGAGUACCUGUAGCUAUUAUAUGCAAUACGGACUCAAGCAAUGUCGCCAUGGACAUGGUCAGCCAGGCAGCCGCCCUUUCUUUUGUAUAAGUAUUUAAGAACAAACAAUACACUGCAACUGGGUUUUUUUGUGAUUUAUUUUUUUGUCUUUUUAAACAUCUGGAUUUAUAAACUCUGAACGGUCUUAAGAAGCAAAGAAGAGGAGAGAGGAGGUGAAUAUAAGGACGGUGGGGUCAAAGGACUUGACUAUCCCAGCGCACCGCUGCUCAGCCCCUGGUGCUGAGGACGGACCUCUGUGAAAACUGUCUUUAGACUGGAGUGGACUGAAACCCUGUACAGACUGAAGACACCCCUUGGCCUGGGAAGAUGUUUCUUUUGGAAACUCCUUGAUGUUUGGUUUGUUCUGCAGCAACCAGGCUAGUUGUCAGGAUCGAACUAUCCUCAAACAAUGAGGGCGUCUAUGCAGGUAGCGUUGUGUGUACAGGGAUAACAGCUGCUUGUCUUUUUUUUUCCUGGUGGUAUAAUCACAACAAUGGAGACUGUGGCAGAAACUUGUGUAAAUUAUUAACAUUAAAACUUCCAAGGGCAGUGGUGGAUGCUUUUGUCAAGGAAAGGAAAUUUUAUGUUUUGGGGUCUUUUGUUUUUUCCCUCUGGAUUUUUCUAUUUUUUUUUUCCUCUCCCUUUGAGAAACUGAGGAUGUGCGUCAUGAUGUGUUGUGCCUUAAUGUGUUUGAAUGUGUUUUCUUUAUUCACAAAUAUCUAUGUAUGUAGAUAUAAAGGAGAAACGUUAUCCAAAUGA